CAGCUCCUCCCAGCUCUGCGGUAACGCAGCCGCCUGUCGCCGGGCCGGACCGCUGGCCCCGGCCCAGCUCCGCGCUCCUCUCAGCCGGCGGCGCCGGGGCGGCCCCACGCGCGGCUGCCGCUCAGGCGCCAUCAACCUGUGGGGUGGGGCGGAGCGGCCCGCGCGCCGCUUCCCGCCCUUCCCCUCGGCGGCUGCGCCGGCCGCCCCUCAGCCGGCUCCGGGUUGGACAUGGCCGGGAACGUCCCGGGGCCGCCGGUGAAGGUGCUGGCAGCCCAGCUGCGGAGGGCGGUGCGGGACGCCGGCGGGACGUGGCAGUUGAGCCGGGCGGAGGCGGGCCGGGCGCCGCUGGGCCUGCGGGCCGUGUGGAUGCAGGGCACCGUGCUGGAGGUGGAGCGCGGCGGCGCCCGCGGCGGCUCGGCCCGGCUGCAGGACGGCAGCGGCGCCUUCACCGUGCUGGGGGUGGAGGACGUGCCCAAAGGGCGGCCCUGCCUCAGCGCAGGGAAGUAUGUAAUGGUGAUGGGUGUGGUGCGGUCCUGCAGUCCUGAACCUGUUCUUCGAGCAAUAAAGAUGACAGAUCUUUCUGAAAACCCCGUGCAUAAGAACAUGUGGAGCCUUGAAGUGGAGGAUUUGCACAGAGUCAUCCCCUAGAUGCAUUUUCUUCUGCCUAAAAUAACUGGAAAUGGGCUGCACAGAAUUCGUGUUACCAGGGUGAGCUGGAUAUGUGGAAUGAAGGCAAAAUGUGCUUCAGUCCGGUUAGAUUGUGGUUGGAAAUAACAUCUCCGCCUGUGUUUUUCAGUAAUAACCACGUAAGUAAACUUGUAAGACAGAUGUGUCUUUCUAACUGUAAGCAGAGUCUUGUACUUAAGUACUUCUCUGGUUUCUGUGUUUCUGAAAUACUGGAAGUGGUGCAGCAAUAACCCCUCUGUUCCAGUGAAGUGAAAUUAACUUUCUCAGUGUGAUGCAGGAUUCCUUGGAAUGGGUUCUCCAGGUUCACGAUGCAAAUACCACCUCAUGAAAUAAGCUUGCUGUGCCUAAGUGCAUUUUUCUUUUCGAAGGUUUCGUUUCUUGUUCCAAUGUAUGCUAUUUUUAGUUGGUUAAAAAAAUCCUUAAAUACA